CUAAAUUAUGAGAGUAGCGUCGGCUCAUUUAGCAAGAACAUACCUUAACGGCUCAAGCGAAAAAACAGAGUUGGUUAGGUGCUGCUGGAGAAAGCUCUCUGCUUUCAAACACAGUCACCCACCACCCAUCUUUUCCCGCCAAUGCCACUUCAAGCAACAAGAAGAGCCACUCAAUUGGACAACUCCAUGCCUAGAAGAACCCACAAACCGUGGCUUUCUCUUCUUCUCAAACCACCCGAACCCGGAAGUCUCAUGCUUUCAUGAAAAGGGUUUCUCUCAAAUCAGCUGCGAGACCAUAGGGAGAGCAAUACAUGGGCUUUGCAUAAAGGGUUUGGUUCAUCUUAGUGUUUUCUACUCAAAUACUCUGCUAAACAUGUACUCAAGGUUUGGCCGUAUAGGAUAUGCUCAGUGUGUGUUCGAUGAAAUGUCUGAGAGGAAUGUGGCUUCCUGGAAUAAUAUGAUGUCUGGGUUUGUUCGAUUGGGAAUGUAUUGGGAUGGGGUUGUUUUCUUUUGUAAAAUGUGGGAGCUUGGCAUAAAGCCUGCGGGAUUUACGAUUGCUAGUUUGAUAACUGCUUGUGCUAGGUCAGGGUGUAUGGUUAAUGAAGGGUUCCAAGUCCACGGUUUUGUCAUUAAAUGUGGCUUAUUAUGUGAUGUUUUUGUGGGAACUUCCCUUGUGCAUUUUUAUGGGCAAUAUGGGUUUGUUUCAGAUGCUAGUAAACUAUUCGAGGAGAUGCCGGAUAAGAAUGUAGUUUCUUGGACUUCACUGAUGGUUAGUAUUUUUGAUGACGGAGAUCCCAGAGAAGUUUUGAAUAUUUAUCAGCGUAUGAGGCACGAGGGCCUUAGUUGCAGUGAAAGAACGUUUUCGACGGUGAUUAGUGCCUGUGGAUGGGUUGAGGAUGAGAUCUUCGGUUAUCAAGUUCUUGGCCAUGUUAUAAAAUCUGGAUUGGAAAGUAAUACUUCUGUGGGAAAUGCUCUCAUUUCCAUGUUCAGUAGUUUGGGUAAAAUGGAAAAGGCUUCUUAUGUUUUUGGCCUCAUCCCUGAGCGUGACACAAUAUCUUGGAAUGCAAUGAUUUCUGCUAAUGUUCACAAUGGUCUUUAUGAGGAGUCGAUGAGAUAUUUUCAAUGGAUGCGCCGUGUUAAUCAGGAAAUCAAUUCCACUACAGUUUCAACUCUGUUGUCAGCCUGUGGUUCUGUGGAUCAUUUGAAUUGGGGAAAAGGAUUUCAUGGUCUAGUUGUUAAGUUAGGAAUGGAGUCAAAUGUUUUGGUAUGCAAUACAGUUCUUUCUAUGUAUUCCGAGGCUGGGAAAUCUGAAGAUGCAAAACUGGUGUUUAAUGGAAUUGCAUGUAGGGAUUUGAUCUCAUGGAAUUCCAUGAUAGCCUGCUAUGCCCAUAAUGGAAGGUGCCUUGAUGCCUUAAAUCUGUUGGCAAAAAUGCUAUGGGAGAGAAAGGCAGUGAGCUUUGUGACUUUUACCAGUGCCUUGGCUGCCUGUUCGAACAUUGAGUUCCUCUCAAAGGGCAAGAUUGUUCAUGCCUUUGUAAUCAUUUCAGGCCUACACAAGAAUGUGAUUGUUGGAAAUGCAUUGAUUACCAUGUAUGCAAAGUCUGGUUUAAUGGUAGAAGCUGAGAAGGUAUCUCUAAUGAUGCCAAAGCGAGAUAAAGUAACUUGGAAUGUACUUAUUGGUGGAUAUGCCGAGAAUGAGGAGCCAAAUGAGGCGGUAAAAACUUUUAAAUUAAUGAAAGAAGAGGGCAGAUUUAUAAACUAUAUUACAAUUUCAAACCUUCUGGGUGCUUGCUUGGCUCCUGACCAUCUAUUGAAGUAUGGUAUGCCUAUCCAUGCGCAUGUAGUUGUAAUGGGAUUUGAAUCUGAUAACUUUGUGCAGAACUCCAUUAUCACAAUGUAUGCCAAAUGUGGCGAUCUCAAUUCAAGCAGCAACAUCUUUAAUAGAUUAGAUGAUAAGAACUCCAUUGCAUGGAAUGCUAUUAUUUCUGCAAACGCCUAUCAUGGCUUUGCAGAAGAAGCUUUGAAACUUCUUGUGAAGAUGAGACGUGCUGGGGUAGGUUUAGAUCAAUUUAGUCUUAGUGAAUGUCUUGCUGCUACAUCUAAGUUGGCUGUACUUGAGGAAGGCCAACAGCUUCACUGUCUAGCUGUUAAACUUGGGUUUGAUUCGGAUGCUUUUGUUGAAAAUGCUGCAAUGGAUAUGUAUGGAAAGUGUGGGGAGAUAAAUGACGUAUUAAGGAUACUUCCACAACCCAUUGAUCGCUCACAACUAUCAUGGAAUAUAUUGAUAUCAGCUUUUGCCAGACAUGGGUGUUUCCAGGAGGCUAGAGAAGCAUUUCAUGAAAUGCUGAAACUGGGGCGAAGGCCCAACCAUGUUACAUUUGUCUCUCUUCUUUCUGCAUGUAGUCACGGGGGUCUGGUGGAGGAGGGUCUUGCAUACUACAGUAUGAUGACGCAAGAGUUUGGUAUCCCACCGGGGAUCAAGCAUUGUGUGUGUGUAAUUGAUCUCCUAGGAAGAUCUGGAAGGCUCGCCGAGGCUGAAACAUUUAUAAAUGAAAUGCCUGUUCCACCAUCAGACUUUGUUUGGCGGAGCUUGUUGGCUGCAUGUAAAAUCCAUGGCAAUUUAGAUCUUGGGAGAAAAGCUGCGGAACGCAUUUUUGAGUUGGAUCCAUCCGAUGACUCGGCGUACGUUCUCUAUUCAAAUAUUUGUUCUACGAGCGGGAGAUGGGAGGAUGCUGAGAUUAUCAGGAGGCGGAUGGGAUCGAAUAACAUACAAAAGAAACCUGCUUGUAGUUGGGUCAAGCUGAAGAAUCAAGUGAGUUCUUUUGGGAUUGGUGAUAAGUCCCAUCCGCAGGUCACACAGAUAUAUGCAAAGUUGGGGGAGCUGAAGAAGAUGGUCAUAGAUGCAGGAUAUGUUGCAGAUACAAGCUAUGCCUUGCAGGACACUGAUGAAGAGCAAAAGGAGCUCAAUCUUUGGAACCACAGUGAGAGACUUGCCCUUGCAUUUGGGUUGCUGAAUACUCCAGAAGGUUCAACUGUUAAAAUCUUUAAGAACCUUAGAGUUUGUGGUGAUUGCCAUUCUGUUUACAAGUUUGUCAGUGGACUUGUCAAUAGGCGUAUCGUACUGAGAGACCCUUAUCGGUUUCACCAUUUUAGCGGUGGUCAGUGUUCUUGUUCAGAUUACUGGUAACAAUGUCUAUUAAUAACUUCUUUUUGAUAGAGGCAUCCAUUAUUGGUUCUUUGUAGCUAAUGAGAGCAAGAAAAAUACAUCAUAUAUGUAGUUUUUCAA